GGCUGGACAGAGAAGGGCCCGGGGCGGACGGAGGGCAUUUGUGGGGUGCGAGGCAGCAUCAGUCUUACCCGUGCCUUUUUAUUUUCUCUUCAGUCUCAUUUCUCAGGACCCCGAGGGCAGUGUGUGAAGCGGGGACGCCAGCCAUGUUCCAGGCCACUUGGCGCCAGGAGCCAGUGACCUUUGAGGACGUGGCUGUGUACUUCACUCAGAAUGAAUGGGUCAUCCUGGACCCAGCACAGAGGGCCCUGUACAGGGAGGUGAUGCUGGAGAAUUAUGCAAAUGUGGCUUCUCUAGCUUUUCCAUUCACCAGACCCGUUCUGGUGUCCCAGCUGGAGCGAGGGGAACUGCCAUGGGGCCUCGAUCCCUGGGAACCUGUGGGCAGGGAGGCCCUCAGAGGUAUCUGUCUAGGGGCUGAGAUCAGAACUGAGAAGGGAGAAUCAACUCAAAAGGAACACAUUUCUAAAGAAAUGGAGUCCUACAGACUGACAUUAGGAGGGCUGCCAGGGAAUGUUCCCCAGCACCUUAACCUUGGGAGCAGCCCAGAGUGGCAGCAUGGUAACUGGAUAGUCAAGAAGACAGACUCAAAGAGGAGAGAGUUCACAGAUGGGUCAACCAGGCAUCAUGAGGCCUCCGCUGUCGAGAAUGGGGAGAAGUGUGAGAAAUUAGGAAAAAAUAGCACACAACUCACUACAAAUCAGAGAAUUCUUAGUGGUCAGAUAUCUUAUGAAUGUAGAAAAUGUGACAGAUGUUUCAGUCGAAUGGCAGACUUCCACCAACAUCAGAGACGUCACACCAGUGAAAAGUCUUAUGAAUGCAAAGAAUGUGGAAAAGACUUCAGAUAUAACUCAUUACUUAUUCGACAUCAGAUAAUUCACACUGGAAAGAAACCAUUUAAAUGUAAAGAAUGUGGGAAAGGUUUAAGUUCAGACACAGCUUUGAUUCAACAUCAGAGAAUCCACACUGGAGAAAAGCCCUAUGAAUGUAAGGAGUGUGGCAAGGCCUUCAGUAGUAGCUCUGUCUUCCUCCAGCACCAGAGGUUCCACACUGGGGAGAAACUCUAUGAAUGUAAUGAAUGUUGGAAAACUUUCAGUUGUAGCUCAAGUUUUAUUGUCCAUCAGCGAAUGCACACUGGGGAGAAACCGUAUGAAUGUAAAGAAUGUGGGAAACGAUUAAGCUCCAACACAGCCUUGACUCAGCAUCAGCGAAUUCACACCGGGGAGAAACCUUUUGAAUGUAAGGAGUGUGGGAAGGCGUUCAAUCAGAAAAUAACCCUGGUUCAGCACGAGCGAGUUCACACUGGCGAGAAACCUUACGAAUGUAAGGUGUGCGGGAAAACCUUUAGCUGGUGUGGAAGAUUCAUUCUGCAUCAGAAACUACAUGUGCAGAAGACACCUGUCCAAGAGUAGUACUGGAUUAUCCACAGCUAGGCUCACUGUGCCUCUUCUUGUUUCUCUCCAUUUCCAUGCUUUUUAUGAGUGUCAUCACUGUCCUUCCUGGACUGUGCUAAUUCUUAACCGUGUGCCUCUGUUUCUACAGCUCUGCAUAACUGGAAUGUCCCAGUAAGAUGUUUAAUUCAGACUCGCAGCUUCCAUCAUGAAACCUUCCUCAAAUUCUCUGAGCCCUUGUUUCUUCAA